AUGGCGUCCUUCAAAGACUUGCUGAAGGAGCUGAACGUCAGGUACGAAAAUGAUGUGGCCACGCUUACGGCACAGUGCCAUCGCCUCAUCCAAGAAAAUCAGCGGCUGAAGGGGAAUGAGGAGCGCGAGCUCACAGUUGAAGUUCAACAAGAAGAUGCAGAGACAAUGGAUAAAGAAAAUGAGAAUGCUGAUGCAGUGGGUCCAACCAGGACCCAGAGGCAAGCACUCUCUGGCAUCACAGGGUCAAUGCACUUUGGGAGCAAGAAGACGGUACUUCCAAAAACGCAAAGUGCCAUCCUGGUGAACAGCCGACUGGUCCGCGUCCUCUCGACUGGGUUGGAUUGGUGGUCAAGCCUGGAAGAGCCCAAGCGUAGCGGAAUCAUCUACAAGAUUGUGGAAUCCAAAUGCUUCUGGUGCAUCUCAAUCUUGGUCAUUCUGAUUAACGCGGUCUCCAUAACUUCAAUCACAGACAUCUCUUUGGCCGAAGACUGGGGAGGAGGUAUACCGACUGCCCUCAUCAACGUGGAGAUAGCCUGCUUAACCUUCUACUUGCUGGAGCUAGUGCUUCGCUUGGCGGUGCACCGGGUCUACUUCUUCGUCAACGAAAACUCAGGUUGGAACUGGUUGGAUCUGCUUCUAGUGGCUUUUAGCAUCGUCGAAAUUGCCGUGCUUUGGGGCACGGACGGGGAAUCUGGUACUGUUUUGUACAUGCGAACCCUUCGGAUAUGCAAGGUCUCGAAAGCAGUUCGCAUUUUCCGAGUUUUGACGGCUUUUCGUGAAGCUUGGCUGGCAUGUUUACACUACACAGUAGGAGGACGCAAAGUUUUGGCAUGUUGA